AUGAGUGGCCAAGUGGAAAAAAGCCUUCGGGAUUACGAUGUGCUGGCGGAAAUUGGAAGCGGCUCCUUCGCGACCUGCUAUAAGGUGCAGGAGAGGAGCACCGGCGAGGUGUUUGCCUUAAAAGGCAUCGAUUACGACCAGCUAGACGAGGACAAGCGCGAGGCGUUGUUCUCGGAGAUAACCAUGCUUCGGGAACUGCAGCACCCUAACAUUGUGCAAUACUUCCACCAUUUCGACAGUCGGGUGGUGAAGGUAUUGCAUAUUGUUAUGGAGUGCUGUGCCGGCGGUGAUCUCGCCCAGCUUGUCGAGCGGGCGCGAGCAGAGCGACGCCGGUGCGAGGAGCCGUACAUUUGGCGGGUGCUCGUGCAAGUGUGCAGUGCCCUGGACUGCUGCCACAACGGUACGGACCGAGCGAUCGUACACAGGGAUGUUAAGCCAGCUAACAUCUUCCUGGACGCUGCCGGCAAAGCCAAGCUGGGUGAUUUCGGCCCGGCCCAGAUGCUGAGGCGGGACCAGAGCUUCGACGCUGCGUUCGUGGGCACUCCGGUGUACAUGAGUCCGGAGCUAGUCCGCGGCAGGAGGUCCGACCGGAAGAGCAACGUGUGGGCCCUGGGCUGCGUGGUGUACGUGAUCAUCCCCGCGUGUCCCAGUGUUUUAAAAAUGAGUGCGUCACCUUCCACGGAUUUUAGCCGGAAAACCCUCCACGACUACGACGUGCUGGGCGUGAUGGGCAGCGGCUCCUUCGCGACGUCUUUUAAGGUGCGGGACAAGAGCUCUGGCGAGCUGUUCGCCUUUAAGGGCAUCCGCUACGACGGGCUGGACGAGGACAAGCGCGAGGCGUUGUUCUCGGAGAUAACCAUUCUCCGGGAACUGCAGCACCCUAACAUUGUGCAAUACUUCCACCAUUUCGACAGUCGGGUGGUGCAGGUAUUGCACAUUGUACUGGAGUGCUGUGCCGGGGGCGAUCUCGCCCAGUUUGUCGAGCGGGCGCGAACAGAGCGACGCCGGUGCGAGGAGCCGUACAUUUGGCGGGUGCUCGUGCAAGUGUGCAGUGCCCUGGACUGCUGCCACAACGGUACGGACCGAGCGAUCGUACACAGGGAUGUUAAGCCAGCUAACAUCUUCCUGGACGCUGCCGGCAACGCCAAGCUGGGUGAUUUCGGCCUGGCCCAGAUGCUGAGGCGGGACCAGAGCUUCGACGCUGCGUUCGUGGGCACUCCGGUGUACAUGAGUCCGGAGCUAGUCCGCGGCAGGAGGUCCGACUGGAAGAGCGACGUGUGGGCCCUGGGAUGCGUGGUGUAUGAGAUGUGCGCCCUGCGUCCACCAUUCCAUGAGCUGUGCGAAAGGAUAGUCCAGGGCGUGUUCCUUCGGAUUCCUGCCGUCUAUUGUUCCGAUCUACAGGAGACCAUCUCAGCUAUGCUGGCCGUAGAUCGUGAACAGCGUCCCGGCGUCGAGGUGUUCUAG